UCCUCACAGAUGGUGGCAGAGAGUGUCCAACGCUAAAUCAUAGUGCGAAAUAUUAAAAACAGAAAACAUUAUUCAUGGAUUUAUUCACAUAAUUAUUUAUUCAGUGUCCAGGUAGUCAUAUAUUAACACAUUAAAAGCUCAUUAACUUGAGUGUUGGUGCAUUAAAUGGAGGAGAAGAAGGAAGACGGGGACUCGGAGAUACAGGAACACGGACCCGAGCACUGGUUCUCAAAAUGGGAGCGGCAGUGUCUGUCCGAGGCGGAGCAGAGGGAGCCGAGCGAGGAGGAGGCCGACCCGGACCAGGACAAGCUGUGGCACCUCUUCCAGAACUCCGCCACCGCCGUGGCUCAGCUCUACAAAGACAGAGUAUGCCAUCAGCAGGGUCUGUCAUUGUGGGUGCCAUUUCAAAACUCUGCAACAGCAGUGACCAACCUCUACAAAGAGAGUGCGGAGGCCCAUCAGAGAAGCUUUGAUCGGGGCAUCCAGAUAGGCCACCAACGCCGUAAUAAGGACAUGUUGGCCUGGGUGAAGAAGCGCCGGAGAACCAUCCGUAGGGAGGAUCUUAUCAGCUUUCUGUGCGGCAAAGCACCGCCACACAGGAGUAGCAGGGCCAACCCCCGGCUGGCCAUGGUGGCCCCCAGCCGAGCAAAUUCACCAGCUGAGACUGGCUCAUCUGUGGAAACAGACCUCCAGCCCUUCAGGGAGGCCAUAGCACUGCAUGGUUUGAGUGGAGCCAUGGCGAGUAUCAGUGUGCGCUCUGGUGCUCCAGGGUCUCCCACACACGUGAGUGGGAGCAGCAGCAACGGAGGCGCUGCCGGUGUAGGCGGUUCCUCCGGCUCGGGGCCGGUGUGCCGCAGCAGGCGCAACGGGCUCCAAGACGUCGACCUGAACACUUUCAUCUCGGAAGAGAUGGCACUGCAUCUGGACUCUACAGGCUCCGCCUCUGCCGGAGGGGGAGGGACCAGGAAACGAAACUCCACCCAGUGUAGUGACGUCAUCACAGACUCCCCUACACACAAACGCAACAGGAUGAUCUGAUCUGCUGCCUGCCUAUGUAUGUGUGUGUGAGGGGGUGGGGGAAAAGCCUUCAAAGCCAAGGCUAGGAGAAAGGGGGAUGGAUGGGCUUAUGUGGGACAGACGGACAGACACACAGACAUUCGGAUGCCUCGCUGUGCAAAAGAACCCGGGCUGAAAAUGAAAACAGGGACUGAAGAUCUCGGUGUAUUCAAACGUUGAAUGAAUUCUAUUCCUUGUCUCCUUUCCCCACACUAUUACUACAAAUCACUGAACUGCAAAUCAGAACACCUGACGUGUGUGUGUGUGUGUGUGUGUGUUUGUCACUGGGAGCUCUGGACGACAUCAAACGCUCUUCAGACAUCGCCUCCCUGGACAGGAGACAACGAAGGAAGUCACCAACUCAUGCUGGGGUGCAGAGAGUCCUCUAAAGGGGCGAAAAUGCACCGUGCUGCUCGACAAGCCACUUGAUCCUUGACACAUGUGUGCCCUUCCCUCCCUCAACCUCACUCAUCCUCACCCACCACCUUAAUAAGGAAGUGAGGGCCAUGAUCAAAUCGUCUCACUCAACGAACCGAGUUGCACGCCAAAUGUUGGACCCAACUCUUGUCAGAGACUCGCCUCUGCGUCAAACAACCCACCUGUUCUUUCUGUUUCUUCAUCAUUGCAGCUCUCAGUUGACGUUGUCCGUCGGCGGUGGAGCUAACUCGCCCAGUAGGAGAACAUCUGUGGCAUCAUCCUGCAUCCCGCUUGUAGCCAGUUCUCUGGCUACUAGGUUGAUGGCUUAUGACUUUAUUCUCUGCUAACUACUCUGCUUCAACAGUGGCUUAAUUUAGUUCAGCCAGUUGCCCUUUUUUGUUUUUAGUUCUUCAACCACCAGUGUUAAAAUUCUAGGUUUGUUGCCACUGUUUGCAGCAGUGAUAGCCAAGUUGAUUUGCGUUUUUUUCUCCACCUUGUUUUAUUUUGUUUUGUUGUUGAGGAUAAUGGAAAAGGAAAAAUAAUUUUUCUUUGCGUAUACAGCUUGUCAGACGGCCCGUCUGCUGACUGCCCUCUCCCCCCUCUACCCUCGUCUUAUUACGAAAGCAGCUGCUGUUUUAUGUGAUCUUGUGAUUAUUCUGAUGAGUUGCAAUAAGGAUUUUUUGCACUUAGCUUUCACCUCUAACUCAUGCAAACAAAUCGGCUCUUCCAUUGUAUCCCAGUUGUAGCCUCAUCCAGCCCACACAUUACUCACAUGGUUGCUGCUUAGAGAAGGUAAACACUUGGUAAUGACUAGAAAUGGAGCCCUCACGCUCACCUCUGGUUCCAACAGCUCUUCGAAAGUAUUUGAUCACGUUGUAGAGUGUUUCCUGCGUGUGAGCUUUACUUGUAUUCAAAGACUCCGAGUCGUUCCCUGUCUGACAAAUGAUUUAAUUUAUCUUCAGAUAUUCGGUGCUGUAAAGGAGGCAUAAAUCAAAGAAAUGUUUACAAAGGUAGCGUUUCUCAACAGACCCACUAAGCAUGGCAGCCGGUGCUCACAAGGCGCUGGAGUAUUUGGAUAGAGUGUCUGAUUUGGGGUGUCGGCACACCGUCGGCUUUCUGUUAAAGGGGUGUGUGCAUUAAUAAGACGUGGAUGAGUUUGGUUCUACUUGGUACAGGAUGAUGCAACUCUGGGCUUGUUUCAUUCUUGAAAUGGUUGUUGCCUUCCAUCCUUCUGUAACGGAGAAGGGGAGGAGACACUGAUAUCACAUGAGUCAGAAAUAUGGGUAUACUUAGCCGUUUGUAAAGUCAUAUAAACUGGUUCUGCGUAGAUUUCUAAGGUCUUAACAAAACAAUUAGUGGAGUUAAAGCUAAACUCAAAUUGUUGGAAUAUGCUUUCAUGUAGCAUAGGAAGCUAACAAAGUGUAAAUGAUUAAAUAUUAUUAAAUCUUGAGUCGUCUAGUUAUCAAACCAAUUCUAAAUAUAGUAGAGUUAGUAUAGUUAUCGGGGCGUAAACCUCUGAGCUGUACCUGUAAUACCCGCUGCAGCUGACUUCUGAGAUGUCAGUGGACUCCUCCUCUUUUUCCUCCUUUUUUGUUGACUUUUUCACGUCCCCUCACCUUUAUGACCUGGAAAGUGGGUUUUCUUUAGUUGUAUAAAGCAUGCCAGUUUUUAACUUCUGUUACAUUUUGGUCACAGAUUUCAUUUUUUUUGCGUUUAGAGGUUGGCUUUUAUAUUCACACACAAUUUGCUGGCUUGUCGGUGAAAGAGGACACCCGGCUGAGAUUUGUUUCUUCUGUCAAAGCGAAGAGUUCUGCGUUUAGGAGUUAGUUCUCACAUACAAGUGAAAACCACUGAAUUAGACUGAUGGAAAUGUAAACAUUUUUAUAUUGGAAAAGUGAGAUUUGAUUUGCUUACAGUGAGCUUCUGAUUAUUGUGAAGGAGUUCACGGUGAGGAUUCAUGUCGGUCUUGGUUUAAAACUGUAUCUGAAAGUCAAACAAUGUCUUUUAAGUUCUGGGCAGCUUCAGCUAGCACAGUUCUUUUGAAUAAUGUAACAUAGGAAGGAUUCAUGUUUCUCCAAUAAGAACUUUGCCCUAAAAAGUCCCAUUUGGAGUCCAUCAGGCCGUUUUAGACUCUGGGACUCUGCUCAUGGAAGAAUCUAAUGAUGGAGUGAAUCCUCACAGCUUGUCCACACGCUCUUCAUUCAAUCAGAGGAAUGCAUUUAGAAUAUUUUAGGCUCUUUUCUUUGUCGAGGCACUUUACUCAUCGUUUUGUGUCCAACACUCCACAAUGGCAUCAGUAGCAUUCAUGACUGAAACCAAAUGGCGUGUGUUGUUACAAAUUAGUAGUUAUAACCUCCCAGUGUUUCUGUUGCAUGACCACCUGUCAGUUAAAGGGAAGAUGUGAAGUGUCUGCUGACGGGAAAAAUAGACUCAAAUUCAGACUAUCAAAGGAUGGAUCUUUCUCCAAAGGCCCGACUCCAGCGUCGGCUGUGAGCAGGAUUGUGUCGUCUUUCUAAUCCCACUGUUCACCCUGCAGCGCUGACCCCCAUUGAUUAGCUGGUUUAUAACGGAGGGGGCACUUGGUGUUUUUGUUUUCUUCCCCGGAGCCAGUCGCCGGCCUUCAUCCACAUUGUUUCAAAAGGCUGACUCAUGCCACAUGUCUCUGGAGCCAACACUAUUAUCAACAGUUUCUUGAUACUUAUUUGUUUAAAAAAAAUAAUAAAUGGCUAAUCUAUAUACUUAACAUUUAAUUGUUGGUAUGAUAUAUGUGGUUCACAUUGUAAAAUAAAUAAAACCAUUGAGUUGAAAUCG